CAAAGGGCGUUAAAUGGCAAAUGGCUCCUGAGUGGGUCCAAUGCGCCAAUAACUCGUGACUGCUUUGGGUGACCGACGGUCUACGGGAGGUAAAGGAGGGGGCAGAAUUCUACAACUGCUGUGGUUAAGAAAAGAAGGUACUCCUCGUAUAAAGUAGGAGUCCGAUGGCGAGAAGACGCAUCUCAAUCUCAAGAGUUUAGUUAACCUUUACUAUUACAGAAUAGUCGCGCUUGCUUCCAUCCCCGGCCCUCAACUGUGUUCAUCUGAGUUGUCAUGUCUUCUUCCCCAUUCCCAAAUCCCGUUGUGGCGCCGACCCACGUCCUCGCCCUACUCGACCGCCUUCAUGAAGAGUCACUCACUCAAGAAGCUGCUAUUGGGACGUAUCUCAGUACAGCAGACGGCUUUGAUGACCUGAUGCGCGACAAGUUCAUUGCCUUGGACCAAGACAAGUGCCAGUUUGUCUAUCAGCUCGCCAGAGCUAUCGGGGCCCGCAAUGUUGCAGAAGUGGGCACCAGCUUUGGCGUCAGCACGAUAUAUCUCGCCCUGGCAGUUGGGAGUAAUCUCGAACGCAGCGGGGGAGAGGGUAUCGUCAUCGGCACCGAGAAGGAGAGCACCAAGGCUGAGAAGGCGCGACAGUACUGGAAAGAGGCUGGCGACGAGCUGGUGGCGCGCCAUAUCGAUUUGAGGGAGGGCAAUCUCCUCGAGACGUUGAAAGACAAUGUCCCGACGUUGGACCUUGUGCUAAUCGACAUCUGGGCACCUGUAGCGUUGCCUGCGUUAAAGCUCCUUGAGCCAAAGAUGCGGCCAGGUGCGGUUGUCAUUAUUGAUAACUCCAUCUCUUCCGCCUCACGAUACGCAGAGCUGCUGGCACAUCUCCGAUCCCCGGCCAAUGGCUACACGAACUUGACUAUCCCCUAUUCCAAAGGCCUAGAAAUGAGUAUCAAGCACUGAGUUAGAGUAGAUGUGUGGCGCAUCGGGAAGGAAAGUGAGUUCUGAGAGGGUGAGGAGAAAGGGGGCUAUUCACCCAAGUCAUUCCAUGGAUUUUCACUUUUACCCCUUUUUCGGGCGUCCAUGUGCGAGAUGAAAAAUGGCGACACGCCAGUCGAGAUUGCGUACCUCCACAUUGAAGAGACCUGGGACGUGGUGUUUCAUCAGAGUCUACGUUGUUGCCUACUUAUGCUGCUCCUUGUCUGACCAAGGCUAAAAGAUGAGAUGCUAGAACAACACUUCUUCGACUAAUGUUGGAAGGCGAGCCCCAUUGAGCGGCGAGAGAUACAGCUCCGCAGGUUAUUCAUCCAGCGAGGGAG